CCAUGCUAACUUUAUACCUAGUCCUUAGUCCGACAACGCAUUCAUUCAUUGACACGGUACACCCUUCACAUCAACUCCUAGGUUUUCGACUCCUUUCGCUGCGAUCAUCUAAACAAAGAGAGAUGAGUGGGAACAAGAAAUCCAGCCUGACGGGGUAUCUCCCCGAUAUCCUCAUGGCAGCGGCUGCACCGCUACUCGCAUACUUCGUCAUCCGCUCGCUCCUCACUCGCCUCGACCCAGAGGCCCAACAAAAAGAAGAAGCUCGACAGAAGGCCUCGGCUGCCAGCCGGAAACUCGACGCGAUAUUAGCCAACAAAGCGCGCGAGGACGACUCGGAUUCGGAAGAUGAAUAUGGAACACAUAGGAGUAGAGGCGGAAGAAGGAAGGAUCGCAUCAGGCCUGAGGAUCUCGCGUUGACAUCUUAUGAGCAGACAAUUGCCAUGGAGGUGGUGGCGCCAGAGGAAAUUCCCGUCAGCUUUGAUGACAUUGGUGGACUCGACAAUAUCAUUGACGACCUAAGGGAGUCCGUGAUUUAUCCUCUCACACAUCCUACCCUUUACACCGCGUCUUCACUCCUUUCCGCACCAUCGGGCGUUCUUCUUUAUGGCCCACCUGGCUGUGGCAAGACUAUGUUGGCAAAGGCUCUCGCUCACGAAUCCGGCGCAUGCUUCAUAAAUCUCCACAUCUCAACCCUCACGGAGAAGUGGUACGGUGACUCCAACAAGCUCGUUAGCGCUGUGUUCAGUCUGGCGCGAAAGCUUCAGCCAGCCAUUGUCUUCAUCGAUGAGAUAGAUGCUGUGCUGGGUACUAGGAGAUCCGGCGAGCACGAAGCAAGCGGAAUGGUCAAGGCCGAAUUCAUGACACAUUGGGACGGCCUCUCCUCUACACAUGCCGGUACAACAACACCUCAACAGAUCCUCAUCCUAGGAGCGACGAAUCGCAUCCAAGACAUCGAUGAAGCCAUCUUACGCCGCAUGCCCAAGAAAUUCCCGGUCGGAUUACCUAAUGCUUCUCAAAGGCACAAUAUCUUCUCUUUGAUUUUGCGGGGUACCAAGAUUGACCAGGCACACUUUGAUCUAGACUACCUGGUCCGCCUAAGCGCUGGCAUGUCAGGUUCUGACAUCAAAGAGGCCUGCAGAGAUGCUGCAAUGGGCCCAGUGCGCGAGUUGAUCAGGAAGAAGAAGGCCGACGGUACCUUAAAGAAAGGAGGAAACCGCGGUGGACGUGGCGUACAAGCCAACGAUGUGCGCGGCCUACGCACCGAAGAUUUCUUUGGCCAAGGAAGGGGGCUGCGAGAAGUCGUUGACGAACUCGACGACGUAAGGGACGAGGUUGUCAAUAUCAAGGAUGGCAACAGCCGACGAGUUCACACAACAGAGGAGUCGUCAGAAGGAAGUGGAUAUAGCACAGAAAGCGGCGGAGAGGACCCCCGUUUCCGGGAUUCGGCUUACCAAGGCGACGUGGAAGAGGUCAAGAGACAGAUCUAAUGCUCGACAUUCUUUAUGGGAUUGCGUAUCUAUAAGUGAGAGCAUGCGCUACGUAUAUAUGGGCGGCGUUCGUAUUGAUUACGGAUCCUAGCUUCACCGCUGGUAUGGAUGAGCAUCUAUGGCGUAUUUCAACAUGCUUUCAACUGGGAGACAUGUACUAUUAAACCUAGAGUGGAACGGGAUAUCCGCAACAUUUGCUACUGGCUAUUUAUGUUUUGGAGGCAAAACACAAUCAACCUCUCUUUAUGAUUCAUGACCGCUCAGUCCAAAAAACCUUUGUAUCUACAGAACCCCCUCCGCUUCUUGUAACUAUGAGUACCAUGAUUGGCUUGGGUUGCAUAGCUUUAAGUUCCCAUCCCAGAACAGGUGCAUAUGGAGUUGGGUAAUCCAGAAUAGCAUGGAAGGGGCUCUUUAACCCCUCGCCAUUGACCUCAGAUCCCCUAGGAAUGGACUUUUC